AUGGGGUCUCGAGUUUACGUGGGAAGAUUGUCGUAUCGAGCGCAUGAACGUGAUAUUGAACGUUUUUUCCGCGGCUAUGGUCGCAUCACGGAAAUUUUACUCAAGAAUGGUUAUGCUUUCGUUGAAUUUUCUGAUCGUCGAGAUGCAGAAGAUGCGGUCCAUGAUCUGAACGGUCGUUCCUUACUCGGCGAUAGGGUAAUAGUGCAGAAUGCCAAAAGUCGUCCGCGCGGACGGGAUAUGUAUCGAGAACGGAUGCGUGAGAGAUCGCGUUCGCGAGAUCGGAGGCGCAGUCGGAGCCGUGAUCGAAAGCGAAGCCAUAGCCGCGAUCGGAAAAAGAGAAGACAUUCAUCAAGUGAAAGUGAAUCUCCUGAAGACAAUCGUCGCCGCUCAUCAUCAAGAUCACAGAGUUUAAGUCCGAAAAAAAGCUCCAAGAAGUCGGAUAGAAAACGAAAGCGUGACAGAAGUUCAUCAAGUCGUUCCCCCAGUCCAGAUGCGAGAAAAUCUAAGGACAAGCGUAAGGAGCGGAAAUAUCGGAGCAGUUCAGAAAAGGAAGGAAGUUUGGAUCGUAGCGGUGCAAAUGCAUGCAGCAUCAUCGUUCGUGGUUUUGAAAACAAGGGCAAAUUUGAGAAGCGUUUAAAGCAUAUUGCCAAGAAGUAUGGCGAUCUGACAGAUUUUGAAAUGCGCGAUGACAAUACUUGUGUCAUUGGGUAUACCUCUCGUGAAAGCGCAACAAAAGCACUUGAGAAAAUGAGCGGCAAAGAAGUGGAUGGACAAACUGUGCAGGUUGCUGCUGUCGAAGAAAAGCAGGCAGGAGCGGGGGGAAAGCAUUCGGAAACCACGAAAGAAACUGAACGAAGCCCAUCUGAGGAGAGAAGUCGAUCGCGUACCAACUCGGGCUCAUCAGCGGCAUCGGGUGACGAAGAGAAGAAAAAUGGCAGUGUCGACGGUAACGAACAUUCAGGUGUAGCAGCAGCUGUAACUGAUAGCCACAAGAAAGCAAAGAAUGGCGAGGAACAUACUGGAAACGCGGUUACUGCCAAUAACACAAGAAAUAAUCGUAAGCGCACAUCUGGUGCAAAUGAUGACGGUGAAAAGAAUGGUGACGAUUCGGAGACCAGUAACGAUGCUGUCACACCGGAACUGAAGAAAAAAAAGAGUGACACAGAGGAGACUGAAACUACAGAAGUCGACUCUACUGCAACAGUUGGUGCUGAAUGA